AUGUACAAGCUGCUGCUGAUUGUCGCCAUCCUGCCGGCUCUCGCCUUCGGCCUCACGCCGUUCCGUCCGUGUCGCGACGGAGGUCCCAUUCCAGCUACGGUUAAUAUCGAGGGUUGCACGCAGCUUCCCUGCCGGGUUGUUUCCGGUAGCCCACUGGUUGCACACGCGACCGGUAUUCGUUCGCCGGUAGCCACCCCGACGGUGACAGCUCACAUUGUUGCCCGCCUGUUAGGAUUGGACGUAGGUUUCAGGAUUCCGGAGGAUUUGGCCGAUGCUUGUGCCGUUGGCAUUACUGGGGCGUCGUGUCCACUCAGCGUUGGCGAGGAGUUUGAGUACACGCUCAACUAUGCUAUGACGCUUCCGCUGACCGGUAUUACUGCGCAGGUGGAGGUCGGUCUAACUGCCGCUGACGGUACCUUGAUCACGUGUAUCGAAAUUGAUGCCCAAAUUGUGGCCUAA